AUGAAGGAUCAGUCUCUAGCACAAGAUAUCAAUCUCCAUGACCCCACCAUUGGGGUGCAUCACUAUGACUCCCGCCAACUUCGCACCGAUGACGAGCACUAUAACCCUCCACACGUGGACAGUGGCUGGUUGACUGUAUUGCUUCGAGAACCCACGGGAUGUUGUGACGGGUUGGAAAUCGCUGAUCUUGAAUCUACGGAGAGCACCGAAAGCAAAGAAGUUGGUGAAAAUGCAACUUUUUGUCCUGUUUCCACCAUGCCCGGGGAGGCUGUCGUUAUUGCAGGCCUGAAACAGUACCUGCUACGGAACGAUUGA